AUGAAUUUAAAAAAUAAAAGAUUAUAUUGUAUCAAAGGCUAUAAUAUACAAUUAUCAACUUAUACUGAAAAACUUUAAUAUAAUAUUUUUACAAUUAAUUAUUUAAUCUCUAGUAAUAAUUGCUCAAUCUUUACAGAUAGUUAAAGUCUUAUUUAAAAAGGGGAAGAACAUAAAUUUAUAUUGAAUUGCUUGGAAUAAAUGAAUAAUGAUGAAACUGUUAGAUUAUUUUGA